AUGUAUGAAAAACGUCGGCCACUGAGCAAAACCAAUGCUCUGAUCACAAAUCUGGCCGUCGCUGACCUCAUGAUGACUAUACUGAACAUACCGUUCAAUAUAUUGCGAUUUGUAUUGGAUAACUGGCCAUUCGGUGAGACAAUGUGUAAGUUAGUGCCAUUCAUACAGUCGACUUCAGUUCACUGUUCAUCGAUAUCGAUGAUGUUUAUAGCCAUUGAACGGUACAGGAAUGUUGUGGGAACUGUCCAAGACUUUCGCCAAUUCAAUCAGCGAAAGUGUUGGCCACACGUACGCACACUUGUGCUCAUAUGGUCGCUAUCGGUACUGUUAUCGAUACCACACGGUCUAUAUAACCAACUGGUCAGUGACCGAUUUCUGGCUCUCACACGCUGUAAGGUUACGUACCCGAGCCAACAGUUUCGCCAAUGGCUGACCAUAUUUACACUGUUAAGCCAAUAUCUGACACCGAUUUUCAUAACUAUCAUAUGCUAUAUGAGAAUCGGACUGUUUCUAUGGCGCCGUCGGAUUGUCGGCACAGUUAGCGAAGGUCAACGRCUGUCGAUAAAUCGCCGUAAGAAGCGUCGCAUCAAAAUGCUGUUUAUGGUUGUACUGGUGUUUGCCAUUUGUUGGCUACCCCUCAAUGUGUACCAUAUAUUAAGUGACUUUAAGUUUAUUAACUAUCGGUCGGUUCUCUUCUUUACAGUUCAUUGGUUUGCAAUGUCUAGUGUUUGGUAA